UUUUUUUUUUUUUAAUAUAAAAUAAAAGACACACGUGGCGUUUACGUCACGCCAAAUCCAGCGUUACAGCUGUGUGAGCUGCUGGCUGAACGCGAAAAUCAAUCCCCCCCACUGUUGAAAAAGACAGCUGACACAUACAUGCUGCUAAAAUGAUGGACUUUGACAACGUGUUGUCAAUCGCCACUCAAAACAAGGGCGUCAGCAGUGUACAGAAAAGAUAUAGUUUACAAACUGGCCCACCUAAAAAAGACCUGAAGUCAAAAGGAGUAAACCCUGCUGCUGUGCAGGCACUCUUGAAGAAGCGACAAAAUGACGCCAGAGUGAGAGAAACUGAAUUGAAGAAACAGAAGGAGGAUCUUCUCGCAAAAAGGGUUGAGUUGAAGUCUGAUCGUAAAGCGAGAGCCAUGGCUUCCAGAACGAAAGACAACUUCAAAGGUUACAACGGCAUCCCAGUGGUGGAUGUUCCAAAGAAGAGGAGGUCAAAGCAGGAAAUUGAGAUGGACGAGAGAGGGAAUGAGGAAACAUUUAGAAAUUAUUCAGUUGACCCAGAGGAGGAUGAAGACAAUUAUGAAUACGAGCAAACAGAUUCUGAGCCCGACCCAGAUCCGGAACCUCUGAGGCCUGGGAAAAACUCAAGUUUUAGUGGACACAGUAGUAACUCCAGGGCCUCCCCUAAAAAACCUAGCGGUCCUCCCAAGUCUGCUCCGCCCUGCAUGAACUUUGCAGACUUGCUCAAAUUGGCGGAGAAGAAGCAGUUUGAGCCAGUUGAGUUAAAAGCAAAGAUAGUGAAGGAUGAAAGGCUCCACACAGCUGAAGAGUUAAAGGAGCUGGAGAUGGAACGCAGAGCAAAGAGCCGCAACAAAGACUUGAAGACAGAGCGAGAGCACAGGCCUCAGUCUAGUUCUGGUUUUGUGAGGAAAAACACGUCACAGAAAGAGCCGAAGAAUUGUAAACCACAAAAGAGCUUAUCAGAAAGGCCAAAUCAGUCCAAUGGGGUAAUGAACAAGUCUGUAGCAACACCGUAUAAGACUACCAUUGGUGAGAGAGAAAGAGACAGACCCAAGAUCCCAGUUACUUCAAAAACCACUUCUUCUCCGGUUUCAGUUAAACAGGGGGUCCCUAAACCUUUAUCUCAUCAUGCAGCCAGUGCUUCAAGCGACCCUCGGUUAAAAAAGGAGAGCUCUGUAUCUGUUCAAGGAAAGCCCUCAGGCAUACCUCAUUCCAAGCCUCAUGGCACAUCUGGCAGGGAUCUCAAAUCUCCAAAUAGCAACCCACAAAAAAACAGGCCUACCCAGGGUCGCUCGGCAAAGCAGGAGCGCCCAGUUGUAAAUCACAAGUCUGGAAUGGGAGAACCACCAAGGUUUGGAAGCAAUCCUGCAGUAAAAUCUAGUGGUAAUUCCUUGGUCAGACCUUUAUCAAGUGGCCGUCCCAAAGAAGAGAACCAACGUCAGUCAAGGCCUGGGGUAACACCACAGCCAAAAGCUAGUGGUAGUGGCUUACAGGGUCACCCUGGGGGGAGAGCGGGCCGGCCACCGGGUUUCGGACAAGGUCGAGCCACAAGUGGAGGGCCGGGGAUUGGACCGGGCCGAGGUCCUAGCGGAGGACCCCCGCCCAAUAGGCAACCCUCAGGCAGCUUUGGAUCAGGACCUGGGAGACCCAAGUGCACUGUGGUGUCUGAGACUAUCUCAUCAAAAAAUGUCAGCGGAGCCAGACCGGGAGUUCCUCCUCGGCCAGCGAUACCACAAAGGCCUGGUGUGGCACCCAGACCAGGUGGGCCAACAAGACCUCUGAACAGACCACCAGGUGCAACACUACCACCCAUCACCAUAGCGUACAAGAGAAAAUAUGAGGAGGAAGAGGAAGAUGAUUCCGAAAUGGAUGACUUUAUUGAUGAUGGCGAUGAUGAGCAGGCGGAGGUUUCCAAACACAUUAAGGAAAUCUUUGGCUAUGACAGAACCAAAUACAAGGAUGAAAGUGAUUAUGCUCUCAAGUUCAUGGAGAGCAGCUGGCGAGAUUUGCAGAAAGAAGAAGCAAAGAGUCUAAAAUUGGCUGUGCAAGAAGAUUUGGAGGAGGAAAGAAAAGAGCAAGAGGAGAUGAAAAGGAUCAAUGCCAAGAGGAAAAAAAUGAACUGAAUCACUUUAAAUUGUUGUCAUGGACAUGACGGACUCUUUGUCACCUGGACAGAAAUAAGACAAUAUGUUUGACAUAUUUGCAUGUAAAGCACUGUGGCACACGUGAAUAUUAUGGGACCCUUGUUGUUAUUUUCCCUUUUCUCCCUUUGUUUUCACAAACAUCGGAAGGAGUGAUACACGACAUUGAAACAGAAAGACCUUGACCUUGGACGAUACUUUUUGGUUGACGUCGAUCCAGAAAUCUUUCAAGGCAAAAUAUGUACAGAUGUUUCUGGCGUUAGAUGCAAAUGACAUUUUGCCCCUCGUUCUCCCCGUUAUUUAUUUCCCCCCAUCAAAAGCAGUCCCAAUUUAAAAAACAACGUUUAAAAAGUAAUAUUUGAGUGUGGAAGACUUGUUUAAACCUAUCAGUGCCGGUGAUAGCUGUUCUUGAACACAAUAUGUAACAUUUCAUCUCAAUUUGGAUUGUAACUACGCAAAAUGUGUAAUGUUUCUUUUUAAAAG